GAAAAAAUUUACAUUCAUUCAUGUCAAGUGAACGUGUUCAAGCAAAUUCUCUUAUUACAAAUCCGAUAGAAGUAGGGAAACGACCGUCGUCUGUCUUUGAACUGGAUACAUUUGUGUUUGGACGUCCACGUCAACAGCCACCUUUACAAGAGGAAGGCUUUCGACUGUCAAUCCUUCAUUCUCAGAAUACAAUCGAGUCUAAUAAUAGUAAUUUACAAACGCCUGAAAUAAAUGUGUUCGCGCAACCACUAUUUCGAAAAAAACCAGAUUCCGAGUUCUCUGUUCCUUGGAAACAGCAACAAGAAAGUAGCGGUGGUGCUGACUUUGCACAAGAAAAAACUGGCAUCGGUGGAGCAAAAACCCAAAGUUUAUUUGCUUUUCAAAUGCUUUCUGAUAAUAAUCACAACAAUAACAAUAGCAUCCAUAUUCCUGAAAAAUUACCAGAAAUCAAUUUAAUUUCAAGGGAAGAAGAAAAUAAUUUUCCCCUGUCAUCCUCAGAUCUUAGUACAGACGAUCCUUCUCCUCAAGAUGGCUCAAAAGCAGAUUUUCAAUCAUCAACAUCACAUGUUUUUAGUUCUAGUCAAAACAUCAACAGUCGUGAUCUUUCCAAUCUUGAUAAUCACACCAUAGCUGAAUCAAACUCAUUACCAAGAAACAAUGAUGAUGGCGACGCCGGUGAUAAUGAUGAGUCUCAUUCUAUUGAAUCAUCGAUUCUAUUCUCACAAAGAAACGAAACGACUUUUAAUUCGGAUGAUGUUGAUCAAUCGACCUUUCAAAUUUCCCACACAAUGGACAAUUUUUCCAAAAUCUCUGAUCCAUUAGCUACUCGUAAUAGAACAAACGAUUCUAGCAUAGAAUCAAAUAAUAGAAUAAACGAUAUUAAAAAAACAUCCCAAAUAAUUCAGAUAAGCGAAAACAAAUCCGAAGAAGACGAAUUCAGUAUGAUUAUGGAUGUGGUGAAAAAAUGGAGAUCUGAAGUAAAACGGCGAGACACGGAAAUUAAUAAACUAAGUGACACUAUAGAUCACUUGCGCAAAGACCUUUUACGACGUGAUGAGACAAUAAAACAGUAUAGCGAGCGUAUUAAGUGUGUCGAAGUGUUGAUCAAAAGGCAAUUUACAGACACUGAUCGAAAUCGCCAGCGUAUUGGCGAAUUGAAUAAACUUGCAUUCAAAUUUGAGAUCACAAAGGAAACCAAUGCAUCUUUAAUUGGAACGCAACGCGCUGAACUGGAGCAGUUGAGAGAAUGUAACUCAAAAUUAAUGCAAGACAAUGUUCAAGCCAACGAAAUCAUCAAUAAAUCGAGAGAAGAAUUACAACAAUCUAUUCUACAUUCCUCCAGAAGCGCUUCAGAACUUGAAGCUUCUCACAUACGUAUAAAGACUUUAACUAGUGAAUAUGAUUUGCUGAAAUCUAAUCAUAUUGAGGAAGUCCAAAAGCUAAAGCUUGAUGUGGAACGUGCUGAAAAUCAAUCGCAAGUGGAAUCUGAAGCCAAAAAGGAGUGCGAAGAAAAAAUUAAUUUAUUAACGGUCAAGGUUCAUCAGCAUGAAGUGGAUUUGGAAUCUAUGCAUCGGGAAAAUGAACGUCUAAAUGUUGCCAUUACGGAAAAAGAAAAUCAAAUUUUAUCAUUAAAAUCCAUCGAAACGCAGCGUAAAAGUUUACAAGCUGAACUUGACCACGUAAAAGAGAACACAAAUAAACAGAUCAAUGAUUUAUACCAGGAAAUAGAGAAUUUACGUACGCAUCAAAAAGCAGAACGGCAAAGAUUAGAAAAUGAAGGACGCGAGGAAAUCUGUCGCUUACAAGAAGAUUUUCUAAAGAAGCGCACUGCUUGGGAACAACAAUGGCAUGAUGAAAACGCUCGACUCGAAUCUGAAUGUCGUGAAGAACGUGAACAGCGGUCGAAAUUAGAGUCAAAAUUUCAUGAAAAAGGCACAGAAAAUUUACGUCUCGAGGCGGAAUUACGAAAUUCUCAAGUUAAAUUGGAUGAAAUCAUGCAAUCAAAUAAAAAAUAUAAGAAUCAAAUCGAAGAUCUCGAGAAACAACUUUGUCAAUAUGUUCAUCCUAAGAUUGAAUCUUUCUCAAUUGGUGUAGGAACUGCGGAAAUUCCAGAAAUUGAUGUUUUAAUUCAACACGAAAAAUUUAUUGCUGAAAGUGAUCGAGAACUUUCUACAACCAAGAAUAAAAUCACAGAGUUGAAUAAGGCUCUUGAGUUAUCAAUGAGUAAAUUCAAAUCUAUAGAAUCUGAACUCGCCUCAAUGACUGUUAAUUAUAACAAACUUUUAGAAGAGCACAAUAAAUUAACUUUGGGAACGAGCAACACUGAAGUUCAGAAAAAAAAUGCGGUUGAUCAAGCUCUUAAUAGAGCUCAGCUUUAUUAUCAAGAUUUAGCCAAAAGAGCGGCCGUCCAACACGAAAAUGAGAUACGGAAAAGAGAUUGCAAACUACGCGAAGCAGAAAUACGAGAAUCUACCUUAAAUGAAGAAAUUAGAUCUCUUAGAUCUAAGCUACUUCAAGUAGAGUCAAAAGAUCGCGCAUCUACAGAACAAAUGGCCCAGCUUCCGAAUACCGAAAUAAAAUUGGAUGUACAGUUGAUGAACGAACAAAAGACGAAUAAGCAAACGCAAAUUAGAUCAGUCGUUUCCCCUUCACUCUAUGCUUCCUCGAAUACGAUAGAACAUACCGAGGCAAGUGUGUUCAACCAACUUCCUAAACACGAAUCCACUGAUAAUGCUUGCAGCAAAUACUUGACACUCUCCGAGAUAAACUCAAUGGUAAUUGACUCUAUCGAACAAAAGAAUCCUUCAAUAACAGAAACGAAGGUUGAAGAAUCUCAAAUGACUAUCAAGAAAGACAUCGAAGAUUCGAUUGGGAUAGGAAGUUCCCAAGAUCAUCCUUCUGGUCGUGUAGUUCCUUCAUUGAAUGAUAAUACCACUACUAAGCAGAACAAAAAAAAUGAUGAAUGGCAGUCGCCAGGCACUCAAUUAAGAGCAAAACGUCGUAAGAUUAGUCGAGUCGAUAGCAAGGACAACUUACAACCAUCAUCAUCAUCAGAUAAAUCUUCAGCAGCACCGACAAAUAUUGGAGAUUCUAAUCGGCCAACCACCAAAACUUCACUUCGAAUCUUGGAUAUGAUACAAAAAGUAUUUCAGAAUACAUUAGACCAGCAAGAUUUUCAGAAUAGACUUCAAUUGAUAAAAGCUGCAUUUUACAAUCGUGAUUAUGAUGCUGUCUUUACGGACCAUGAAAAUUUAUCUGUAUAUUCUGCGAGAUACAUUCCUGGUCGAGCGUUAUGCUACUUUAAUUUAAUCAAGAAUGAACCGAAAAUAUUGGAGCUGUUUGGUAAUAACAAUAACGAUGAAACUCGAGUUUUUAGUGUGGGUUCCGGUGCGGGUAGUGAAUUGGUAGGAUUCGUAACCGCAUUAUUUCACCAUCAAAUAUCAUCAUCAAAUAAUGAUAGUAAUACUUUUGAAGGAAAACUGAUCUUGCAUAUGCAAGAUUACGUAGAUUGGAGCAAAGUUCUCAAUAGCCUUGAACUGACAAUCCGAGAGCAAUGGAAUAUUUCCCAUAAUAAGUUAGAAUGCUUGUUUUCUGUGGAUGAUGUGUUGGAACCUACACAGAAACUCAAAGAGCAAUUUGCAAAAGCGGAUCUCAUCACGUUCAUGUUUGUGAUGAAUGAAUUAUUUAUUAAUAAAAAGAAGGCUAUUGAAAUGAUUCAACUUCUUGUAAAGAUGAUGCGAAAAGGGUCACAUCUUUUGGUAGGAUAUUUGAUAAUUAGCGUGAUUUUCCUGGUUAUUUUAAAUUCAUUCGUACUAAAUACUUUUGAUCGUUCACAAUCUACGUGCGCGAGGCAGAUCUUAGAUUCUGCGGGAUCAUUCUCAAACAUUAAAAUCGGAGAAAACACAUAUAUGAUCUAUUUCCUUUUAGACGCACUCAAAGGUUUUACGCCCGUAAUCUCGAAUAAUUCGACAUGGUAUCGGUAUCCUGAAGAUUUAAAAUACCAUAAAUCAGCACCACUUGAAAAUAUGCGGUAUUAUAUAAGAUUGUAUCGCAAAGAUUAA